CUUCGCCGCAGGGGCAGCUGGGUCCUCUAGUCCCCAGAUCCCCUGGGCGCCCCCAGAGGUGGGACGGAGAUCUCUGUGCUCCGUCGCCGUUAUGGCUGUACAGGGGUCUUCCCCUCUCCGGGCGGAUUCCCAAAGGCUGGAAGCGGAGGAGGAGGAAGCUGGGCGAGGAAUAGGAGAAAAAGUUCAGCCUCCCCCUGCAAGCAAGCAGUUGUCACAACAGAUCGAUGGAAAACAAAAUGUGGAGUGCAAGAAAAAAGAACAAAAAAAGCAAAGGAAGAAAUCAUACAGUUCUACCAAUUCGAUUGAUAAUUUGAUGGCGGAAAUGCCAUUUGGUGAAGCAGAUAUUGAACUUGAAUUUAGCACCUCGAGCAAAUCUAAACCAUCUGUUAAAAAGAAGAGAAAGAGAACAGCUGGAAAGGGAAAUGAAGAAGACAACACAAUAAAGAAGAAAAAGAAGAACCAAGACAGACCCAAUUAUUUCAUUUCUGUUCCAAUCACAAAUCCAAAGAUUAUAGAUGGCAUUCAGACUCUUCAGAACACAAUCAUACAAAAAGAUAAUAGGCUCUCCAAAGCAAUGAUUCAUUAUGGCUCUUUCCAUGUCACCCUUUUAGUGAUGCAUCUGUCCAAUGAAGAAGCAAUUAGCAAUGCAGUUGGUGCUUUCUCGGAGAGUGGAGGUUUAAUUGAAGAAUUACUGCAAGGAAAGCCUUUGAAUUUAUCUUUUCAAGGCACUGAUCACUUCAGAAAUCAAAUUGGAUUUGUAAAGUUGACUGAGAAUGAUAACACAAGCACGCUUUUAAAGGCAGCAGAAAUUGUGAAGAAGAUAUUUCAAGAAAAAGGUAUCAUCAUAGAUGACAAAGUUUUAAAGCCUCACUUGACCUUCAUGAAGUUGUCAAAAUCCCCAAAACUACAAAAGCAGGGAGUGAAAAGAAUUGAUCCAAGCAUGUUUGCUAAUUUCAAAAGUCAUUAUUUUGGAGAUGAACUUAUGAACCGUCUAGAUCUUUGCUCAAUGUUGAAAAAAAAGCAACCUAAUGGCUACUAUCAUUGUGAAUCCUCAAUUGUAGUGGGAAAGAGCCCUGAAACAGAUCUAGUAAAGGAAGCUUUGCAUAGAGAAUUGUUGCCCCUGUUGACCAAAGUGAACCAGAUAAGAGAACUUUUAUCCACACCAUCAAUUCGGAUGAAAAUAUACAAGGAACUGCUUGAACAAGGACAGCUUAGUUGA